AUGGCUGCGACUCGUCAGCCACAUCGCGCUUUAAGUCUCACUGGAUGCUUCGAUCUACAGGGUGCAGCACAGGCAACUCCGUUUGCUAUAUCCAAUAGGCUGCCAUUCCCGACGACUGGAACGAAUGAGCGAGUUGCUGAGAUAAAGCACGAUGCGAAUUUCCGCAUGAAGCCGAGUCUAGAGGAUAUGGUUAUCACGCCACGCCUUCUCCAGAUGGGAUUUCCAAGGUCACGUGCUAUGGCCCGUCAAGUAGUCAUCGCCAAGUACAACUUUGGCAGUCUCGAGAGCUCCUGUGAUAGGGGGAGAGAGAUUAGGCUGGAACCUACGGAGUCACAGAAGGCAAUGGGCCGUCGGUUUUUGGCUUUACGGGGCUGGAUAUAA